CGGAAGCGACAAAGUGGAGGCUAACUUCAGUGGGGAUUCACUUCCAGGUUGUUGGGUCAUGUUUUUGUGUGUGCGAAAGGCUAGCUAAGCUGAUAAUAAGCGAAGAAACUGUCCUUAUGUGUCAUUGACAAACAAAAAAAAAAAAAAAUCAGUCUUUAACAUACUUAGUACUAAAAAGAAGAAGAAGAAGACCAUACUUUGUAGUUUGUUUAACAUUGUCGUCGUCCUGUGAAGCGAACGGGCAGUGGCUGGGACUGACUAGUGUGCUGCUGAGCUGAACACACUUGACAUGGGAGGGUGAAGAAAAGCGAUUUCACAGUUUUCGACUGGAGCCGCCCACUCAUGUAUCAAUAUAAAGAUCCAUCGCCCCAGCGGCAGCAGUCCACGGGGUACGAAAGAAGGACGACAGCCCAGCCGAGCACCAGAGGACGGUCGGUGGGCUCCGGACCAGACACGAUGGGGGGUGCGAUGUCACCCGUUCUCCACUGGAUGCAAGAUGUGGCGGCUGUGACUCUCCUCAAAGCCCGGCGCACCUUAUUUCAGGCUGCUGCCUUGUUCUGCGUCCUGGUUCUGCUGCUCUGGGUGUCCAUCUUCCUCUACGGCAGCUUCUAUUACUCCUACAUGCCCACGGUGAGCUUCUCCACGCCUGUGCAUUUCUACUACAACUCUGAUUGUGAUAGUUUGCAGUCGGCGCUCUGCUCCCACCCCAAAGCCAACAUCUCCUUCAUGAAGAAUGACCGGGACCAUGUGAUGGCUUACAGUCAGCCAUACCGGGUGUCCCUGGAGCUGGAGAUGCCAGAGUCACCAGUGAAUGAACAGCUUGGUAUGUUCAUGGUCAAGAUGUCCUGUUACACCAAGGGUGGGAAGAUCGUCUCCUCAGUGGGAAGAUCGACAAUGCUGCACUACCGCUCCAGCCUCUUGCAGACCUUGAGCACUUUAUUUUUUUCUCCUUUCCUUCUAACUGGAAUGAGUGAGCAGAAGCAACUGAUAGAAGUGGAGCUCUUCUCAGGCUACAAGUCGAAUGCUUAUCAACCCACCAUUGGUGCAUUCAUCGAGAUCCAGUCCAAACGGGUACAGAUCUAUUCAUCUCAGCUCCGUAUACAUGCUUACUUCACUGGUGUACGAUACGUUCUGUACAACUUCCCCCUGACCUCUGCAGUGAUUGGCGUGGCUUCCAACUUUGCCUUCCUCAGUGUCAUCGUGCUUUUCAGUUACCUGCAGUUUGUGUGGGGAGGAAUUUGGCCACCAGAUCAAGUCAGAGUCAGAGUGAUGAUUGGGGACAACACCCGCAUCCAGCAGAGGACAGAGGUGGCCCGAAAGCGCAUGGAGAAGGAAAACUCCUUCAAGGACCUCAGGGCUCCAGCAGUGAUUGGCUCUGUGACUGAUGCAUAUGAUUUCCAGGGAAGUGACACACCAGCAGAGCCACCGUCAAAGGAUGCCUCUGUCAUCCCCGAUGCCUCUGGGCCUGAUGCACCAGAUAACAAGGAAGAAGAAUCCCAUGACUCCGAGGAACCAGCAGAGCCAAAGGAGGAGGGGGAAGAGGGCGUUGAAAUGGUGAAUGGUUCAUUGCCAGCUGGGCCCGGUGAGACGGUGCUCCGGCAGAGACCCGGACCCUGGAUGAGCCUGUGAACCACCCUAAUCACACUCCGCGAAAUGUACCGCUGCCGCAUUAUGUCUUAUCAUUCCUCAGCAGCUUGAAUGUGACUUGGCAGAGACGGCUAGAUAAAAGCAAACCUACUGCUUGAGUUAAACUAACUCCACUUGCAUGACAUUGUUGUGUUUUUAGCUUUCACACUGCAGCUUCAUGUCUCAAUAACAGUUUACCUCAUUGUAAGUUUAACCUCAGUGCAUUUUUCUUUUUUGUCAUGGCAUGGCUGUUACAGAUCUUAUGUUUGUGCCAUUUGGGUUUUGCUGAUGUUACAUUCCAGCUUUGGCUUAUUCAGCUGUCUUGUCAGUGAACAGAUGUUUGGUAACAGGUCAACACACCGGGUCUGCUGAACUUACUUGGAUUUUAAAGUCUGUGUCUGUCAAUUUGAAGUUCCUCAUAUCAGAGCCACCACAUAAAGGGGGUGAGCUUUCAUAUAAUCUCAACCAUCAGGAUGACCGUACAAAGUGACUCUACUGAUUAGUUCAAAUACCAUGAAUUCUGUUAAAGUUUUGGAAUGGAAAUGACUAUUCUUGAAAGAAUUUUUAAGUUCUCGUGACACUCUCUCGAAGAUGCACUUUGAAAGUUAUUAGGUUUGGAAUUUUUGGCCACAAAUAGAUGUUUUGUUUUUUUAUAGUUUCCUUGAAAAAAAAAUGUACGUUGGGUUCAAGCCUGGGGGAUACAAGCAAUUCGAUCCGUUAAUUAAAUAUGUCUUCGUGCAAAUAGAUGUUUUGUCUCGGUGUGACGGAUAGCUUUGAGCCGUGGCACAUUGAGUUCCAGCUUGACUGUGUUUACGCAGUUGGUGUUCAUUCAAUCAGGUCUUUGUAUUUUGAGUGCAGUUUGCUAAAUGUAACGCUGGGAAAAUGUAUUUAUGCUUUCGUUACAAUCAGACAUUCAGACAUUUUUAAAAGGGUCUUUUAAGUUAUAUUUGAGUUUAAUAAGUCAUGUGACACAUGUCUGUUAUUUACCACCAAUAAGCAUAUUGUAAAAGAGGGAUGGAGAAUGUUUAAAGGAAUAAGCUCUUUGUAAAGUUGUUAUAGGGGAAGCAUGAAUUUUUCUUAUUUUUUGGUAUGUGGCUCAGCAUUUACAGUUUGAUCCACUUUUCCCUGCACCUGUUAAUGUAAGGAUCAAGUGUUUGUCACAUUUUGUACCAAAGAUGAUAAACUAUGAAGCACUUAUCUAUCUCUGAUGUUCCCCUGUGGAUAAAAGAUUAUGUGUUAUUAAUGCAU